AUGUACAUUGUAACACUCUCUACUACUCGCUUAGCAAACAUUUGGGUGAAAAAAUUCACAGUGAUGAGGCCGCUUGAACGCUUAUUCUACACUUAUGGAGAUUUUCUUGCUAGGCAUCCAUGGCCUUUCAUCAUCGUCCCUACCCUCCUAACAAUCAUCUCAUCAUAUGGUAUGGUCUUCUUCCAUUCGCAAGAUGAUAUCUGGGACAUCUACGCCCCAUUGGACGGUCUUUCACGAGUAGAAGAAAAAGCUCUGCUGCCAUUCGAAUACGCCUCAGCCUCUCAUCACUAUAGGAUGCAAGUCUUAGUUACGAAAAAAGACGGUGGAAAUGUAUUAACAAUGGAUGCUUUAGAUGAAAUGCUCGAAGUACAAAAGUACGUCACAGAGAAUAUAACAUUCUCCAAUGGUCUGAAAAAUUUCGAAUAUUACGAUAUAUGUGGUGUUUACUGUGGUGACAGCAAUAGCGGUGUCAUCGCUUUUCUACAGACUGCACUAGCGUCAGAAGGUUUAUCAUCGAUGAAACUCACAUUCCCAAUUGCUCAAGCUCUUCAGAAACGAAUUUUUCUCGGCUAUUCACUUGGUAAUCUUACAUAUUCCAAGCAGCGACCGGGUGAAGUGGAAAAGGCCGGAUUGUUGAUUUUGCAUUACAUGGUUGACACAUCUUUACCCAAUGGAAGAGUCCUAGCUGAAGAUUUUGAAACGAAGCUCAACAAGAUUUUCGCUUCCUUGACUGCAUCUUCGAAGGAACUGAAGUAUUCCACUUUGAGCAGAACUAGAGAAAUGAAGGAGCAAAGGGACAUCACAAUAACCGCAUUGCCUUUCCUCUUCGUUACCGUAGGCAUUCUCGUUCUUUUCAUGCUUGUUACCAAUAUUGAGUUUCCUCUAUAUAGAAGUCAAUACAUGGAGUCGAUUGUGGGAGUAAUCUCCCCGUCAAUGGCUCUUUGGACUAGCGGUGGCUUCCUGUUCUGGAUUGGAUUCCCAUUUUCUAACAUUCUCACCGUCGUUCCAUUCCUCGUAGUCGUUAUUGGAAUCGAUGACGCUUUCCUUGUUUUGGCUGGUUGGCGACAAUCAACGAAAGGAGCACCGCUAGAACAACGAAUCGCCGAGUCUGUAGCGAUAUCUGGCGCUUCCGUUACCGUUACAUCUGUCACCGAUGUCCUAUGCUUUGCCAUUGGUCUCUUCUCCAAUAUGCCUGUUAUUCGACUCUUCUGCUUGUUCACUUCUCUAGCUCUAUUCGUCGAUUACGUGUACCAGAUGACUUUCUUCACAGCUGUGAUGAGCUUUAUCGUACGAAGACAGAUUAAACUCGAUAGAAAAGCGAUAGAGAGCAAAGUUGCACCGGAAAUCAAAGUCCUACCGAUGGACAAGACAAAGGAUAAACUUGGCGAAACGGCUAUUUUCACUGUGAUGAUGCCCGCGUUUACACCACCACCAGUAAGAAAACCCACAAAGGGCAAAUUGGAGAUUUUUGUCGAAAUUCUGCACACAAAGACUGCCAAAAUUUUGGUGAUGGCGACAUUCUUCGCACACAUUGGGAUUAGCGCAUAUCUAGCUAGUAGUGUAAGCACGGACUUUGACAUGGAAAACCUUUACCUGGAAGGAUCACCGCUGACCGAAGUUUCCCGAAAAAUGCAGGAUUUCGUUCUUCGCGAAGCGUUUGUCGUCAAUUUCGCUGUGCAACCCAUGCCUGAUAUACAAAACGCUACCAUUCGUGAAAAGUUCGAGGAAAUGGUUGAUCGAUUAGAGCACAUUCCAAAGUACGGAGGCGGACCAGAUAAUACGAUCCUUUGGAUUAGAGACUACAGCAGCGCUGUUGCUUUUUGGGGUGAAGAAGAGGAUUUCUGGGAUCCUAAGACUUUGCUGAAAAAUUAUCGUGAUUAUGGAAUGGAGGAUAGAUUUGUCAUCAGCAAACGUCUCAAGGAUGGCUCUGAAGUAAUAGAUGGAUUUUAUUUCAUAAUUGCUUACAAAAAUAUGAGCACAUUCACGGAUGUUAAGAAAAUGAUGGAUCAAAGACGAGCUAUAAUCGAUUCCUAUCCAUUCCACGUGCUAUCUCAUCAUCCCUUCGAGAAAGUCCCAACAGAAAGUGCUGCUAGUGUUCCCAAGAACUUCCUUCAAACAGCUUUGUCCGCCGUAAUUCUGAUGUCCAUCCUCGUUUUGCUUUUCGUUAUGAACUGGGAAGCGAUCAUCUCCGUUAUCAUAUCCAUCCUAUCCAUAUGCUUGGGUAUCGUUGCCUACCUCAAUCUAUGGCAUGUCAACCUCGACGCAGUUUCCCUGAUCAGUAUCCUGAUGAGUGUAGGAUUCUCCGUAGACUAUUCAGCCCAUGUUUGCUACCACUACUUUGCACAUGCCCAAGAAGAGAGCAAAGACAAUAAGUCCGAAUUGGGAUCUGUCGAGUCUGGUAGUAGCAGCACAAGUAGCGAAUCUAUCAGCAGUUCACUUAGCAAAUCGAUACGAGAACAUUCGGUGAAGCGAUUGGUCGCAACUUUGAAUGGCGUUGGUUGGCCAGUGGUCCAGAGUGGAUUGAGUACCGUAAUAGGCAUGUUCCCACUGAUGUUCGUUCGAGCAUAUGUGGUUGCUGUAUUUUGGAAAACGGUGCUACUUGUCGGAUUCCUCGGCAUGUUCCAUGCUUUACUUCUCUUACCCGUCAUAUUCAUCUUAACCGAGGAUCUCAAACGUUUCUUCAGAUUUCGGUAGUAAUUUUACCCACCUAUAACCAUUUUCUUCGUAGUAUGCUCAUUUCUUAUCACCUUAUCAACAAAUAUGGGUAUUGACACUGCUUUUCAUUGUCGUGUGUGUUUGUUAAUUUUUGCUUGCGCAAAGCUUGAUUUGCUCGCAAAUAUCUUGUUGUUUGUUCAUAUAGGAACUUAAACAUAUUAUUUUCAAAUCAUCGAUUCAUUUGCCUUAAUUUCCGCUAUAUUGAUUGAUCUUGUCACAUACUGAUCACGCACUUUGCAUUCUCUAAUUUUCAUUCUGUAUAGCCACGAAUGACUAACGCUCCACGCAUCCUGUAAGAGAUUGCUUAUCACUUGUGUCUAGUCUUUUUCUCCAUUUUUUUCUCUCUUUCCCUCUUUUGCCUUUACUGUACAGUAGAUCGAUCGAAUCUAGCAAAUGUCUUUCUAUCGGUGUGUAAAGUCUUAAAAUUACAUUUGUUGUAAACAGAAGUACAAGCAAACAACCCUUGGAAGGUUAUCGCGGAAAAUCUGCUAUAAUCAGG